AUGGUAUCACCAAAGAAGCGUCGUGUCGGGGACGACACACCGGACCGCUCUAGCAGCCCGCGCAAAAGACGUUCAAUCACACAGCCGAGUCCUCGGAAAGGAAAAGUGACUGUAGAGGCACCCGAGUGCAGCUUAGACAUCAAUUCAUGGGGAGUGUUGAUCAAGAAGUGUUUGACCAAGCGACCACAUCCCACAAUGUUCGAAAUGUCCAUGAAUCUGUCAUAUUUUCGAAAGAUCAUCGCCAACGCCACAGGAGUUGUAACAAUUCCAGUUGAAUUUUAUGCGAACACUCCGGUGGUAGUGGCCCGGCUGUCUCAGGCUGCUGCCAAGGUGCUCGUGGGGAUAUCAGCUAUCCGAAAGAACCGCAAUGAAUUUGAAAAGGCAGUCAUCAUUUUCUUUCCUCCGGAAAAGAAAGCAGAAGUUUGGGUCACUUCGUAG